UGUGGUGAUUGCCCUGAUCCUUUGGAACCACUAACGUAUCAAGAUCCGGAUCCGAUACCUUAAUUUCCGGAUUUACUUAAUUAAACACAGUUGAGCGGAGGCGGGCGAGUAAACACUCGGUCAACAAGGAGAGUGAAGUGGAAUCUCCACCGCCGACUCGUUCGUAAGCGGGGGCGAGGUUAAUCUCUCCCCGCUCCAAACCCUAACCUCAACCUCUUCCAGCAAUUUUUGAUCGCUCCCUCUCGAUCUUCAUUCAUUCGAAGAAUUGGUUCUUCCUCCAUCCCGAGACCUGAAUUCUUGAUCUAUAGAUUGUUAUUGCCGGAAAUUGGGGUCCGCGAGGCGCCGACCGAUGGAGGGGGGAGCGACCGGUGGGACGGACGUGGAGUUGGUCUCCAAGACGCUGCAGUUCGAGCACAAGCUGUUCUAUUUCGAUCUGAAGGAGAAUCCCAGGGGGAGGUACCUCAAGAUCUCCGAGAAGACUUCGGCCACAAGGUCCACCAUCAUCGUCCCCGUCGAUGGCAUCGUCUGGUUCCUCGAAUUGUUUGGCUACUACAUCAGCACGGACGAGCAGGACGUCUUCAGCAAGGAGCUCAAGCUUGAUUCCAAGGCGUUUUACUUUGAUGUUGGUGAGAACAAAAGGGGGCGUUUUUUGAAGAUAUCAGAGGCAUCUGUUAACAGAAACCGGAGUACAAUCAUUGUUCCUGCAGGAAUUUCUGGUGAAGAAGGAUGGGUAGCAUUUAGAAAUGUUUUACAAGAGAUACAUGAAGAGGCUUCACGGCUAUUCAUGGUACCAAAUCAGCAACAUCUGGAAGCUCCAGAACAUCUCCCUGGACUUUCAGAUGAUGUCGGUGCUGGAUUCAUAUCAGGCCACAGUGCCCAAUCAUCCUCUGGCUCAGAGUUGAAUGCUGAUCGAUUGGUUGAUGUGCACACGCACAAUGAGAUUGGAGGCAUGGGGAUGUCUAAAUUAAUUAGGGUAGAUCAGAAGAGGUUCUUCUUUGAUUUGGGAAGCAACAACAGGGGACACUUCUUGAGGAUAUCUGAGGUUGCCGGAGUUGAUCGCUCAUCAAUCAUCCUCCCCCUGUCUAGUCUGAAGCAGUUCCAUGAAAUGAUUGGCCAUUUUGUAGCGAUAACCAAGGACAGGCGUGAUGUAACAACCGGUGCAGAUGUUCGGACACUGGAGCCUGCACAAAUGUAGGUAGUAAUCAGAACGGUGUGGUCUUCUUCACACCAUGUUCUUGUGUCUCAAUUCAACUGCCUUGUGAAUUUAGACCUUGCGCCUUUUGUAGAUGAUGCUCUUUUCGUAUUCGUUUGUGGUGAACAAUAAUCUUUGUUUGACAUUCCAUGGUGGAUGGGUUGAUGUUGUCUCGAAGCUUUCUUUGGGUGAAGAAUAAUAUGGACAUGAUUAUUGUAGCUUGUGCAUCCGGUUGCAAAACUGCUGGUUGCAUGUCUUGAAUCAAUAAUUAAGCUUUCUGUUUAAUUCA